AUGCAAUUGCCUCAAUUAGAUAACAAUGAAAUUAAAAAACAAACCAUAACUCGAUCUUUUGAAGAAUGUUCAAAGACUGUUAGUAACAAAGAUAAUUCUUUGUCUUCCAGAAAUGUAUUUGACGAUUUAUCGAAAAAAGAACAAAGCUCUAGCACGUUUUCCCAUGAGAAUAAAAUGACUAAAAAACCUGUUGAAAACUAUGAACGAUUAUCUGAUAAAUACCCAAGGAAAAGGAUUUCUGAUAGUGGAAAUGCAGAGUAUAUGCAAAAACAUACGAGUUCUCACUUGUUGCCAAGUAAUAAGAGUGCUGUGAAAAAUGCUGAUUUUGAACAAAAGAAGAUCUUAAGUAGCAAACUAGACCCUAACCCGUUUGGGAAAAUUAUACAUUCGACAGAAGAAAAUUCUAAGCUUAUAAACAUACCUGAUAUAAAACCCAAUGAUCCAAGAAUUAAAACAGUUAGCUCUCCUAGAUCUGAACCUCUUCCUCUUGUUACUAAUUAUGAUAUGCCAAAUACAAAAAAUAGUACAUUUUCUGAAUCUCGGAGUAGAUACACCUUUCCAUCUAUAUUAGAUAUGGAUUAUAGAUAUGUUCCUAAUCAAAAUUUUGUUCACUCACAAGCAGUACAACCGCAAACAUUUACUACUAAUCCUAAAUCAAAUUUUAUGCCGCGCCACAAUAAUCAGAAUUUCCAUCAGAAAACACCAUUGCUACCAACACCAAAUUCAAAUAUUCGUAACUCCAAAGAUUUUACCAAUUCGGAAAAAUGUUACGUUUCGGCAUCUCAUGAAUAUCAAAACACUGACUAUUUUUACGACAACGCGGAUCAACGAAUAUCGAAAAAUGAUUAUUAUGAUCAUCAGUUCGAUUAUAGAGACCGCGUGCAAUUUGAUCUGAAUGAACAUAGUUCACUGAAAUAUAAUAAACAUGAAUUUAUGCAUUCUAAUUCGAGAUUUCACGAUAACUCUCGAUCUCAUUAUCGAGGUAACAGUGCAUACGGUCGGGAUAACAAAUACAGGUGGAGUAGAAGCCUCUCUAAAAUGAGCGAUCCGCGAACAUUUCGCACAGAUGAUUCUAAUUGCCAUGUAGAAAAUGAUAUUGAUUAUAGAUCACCGAGAGAAAAUACAUCUUCUGCUUUAAAUUUAAAUAAGUCUUCAUCAUUCCUUGAGGAAAGUAUAACCCAAAAUUCUUCCAAAGUUACUGAUGUUAAACGACCCUCUCCUAAAGAAAACAUAAAUAAUCAAUUAAAAGACAUCGCAAAGACACCUCAUGACGUUAAAAGCACAAUAAUGAAUAAUGACAAAGUGGACAUUAAAUCACAGUCCGUGAUCUCUGAUUGCAAUAAUGUGAAAAACAUCAACACGAAAGAUGAGAACAAACAGAGCGAUACAGAGGAUCAAUUAAAUAUAUUACAAAAAUUGGAAGAAAAAAUAGGCUCUAAAAAGGUAGAGAAAAUAAAACAGAUCAUUGAUGGUGAUUCUGAUGAAGACAUUAAUGAUAAUAAAAGCAAUAUAAGUGAAUCACCUAUAUUUAAAAAAAAAAAAAAAAGGAUAAAAAAGAUCGAAUCCGAUUCUUCGGAUGAAGAUGUUACAGAUUCGAAUAAACAUACUAAUUAUGAAUGUAAUGAAAAUUCAAAUGAAGUGCAAGACAUUGAAAAAAAAGUUGUGAAACCUAAAAGGCGAAACGCAUUAGAAAUGUUGCAGCAUGAUGUGCGAGAUAUGUUUAUAUGUGAAGGAGUUCUUACAGCAACGGGAAGACGUAUGUGUAGGAUUCUUAAGGAAGACAGUAUUAUGGAGACGAACUGCAUUUUAAAUACAGAUGAUUUAAAAUCUAAUUCAUGCCGUAAAAACCGCAAAAAUUUGAGAAAAAUCAAUUAUACUGAAUCUAAAGAUGAUUUGACCUUGAACACUGAAGAAGAAAAUGAAACGUUCAAAUCGAAAUCUAGUAUGCAUAUGCAACCUAGAAUAAUUCUAGAAAAAUUAAAAGAUUUUGAUUGUCAAUUAGAAAUAGAAGAAAACAUUUGCCGAGGACGUAACGUUGCUAGAAGAGGCAGGGGAAUUAGCAUUUCUGCGCGAACAUUGAGGAAUCCUAUUAGAAAUGAGAAGAUAAACACGAAUUUAAAUAAAUGCGACGCUGAAAACCAAAAUGUUAUUGAAAAGAAUGGUCAGUGUGAGGAUAUAGCAUCAGAAAAUACUGAAGAUAAAAAUGAUGCUGUCGAUAAGGAACAUAAUUCAAUCCCUGAAAAGUGUGAUAACCUAAUGUCUGAUUCUGGAGAAAAAAAUAUAGUAAAAUGUAUUUUAAAUGAAUCUAAUGAAAACAGCAUUGUAAAUAGAAGCGAAAAUAAAUCAACUGAUAACGUCAACGAGGACGUAGAUUUCAAUGAUUAUAAAAAGAUCGACGACGGACCACCAUUAAUAGUUCAUGACCUCGUUUCGAAUCAUGAAUAUGGAUUGAAGAAUGAUUCUAAUAAAAAACCUUCAGAUAACACUGCUGAAAUUGUAUCAUCAGAAUCUGAAAUAUUCUUGUUGAUAAAAAUCCUUUUCUGCUUGAAAAGAGGCAGAACUCUCAAAAAUGAAGAUAAUGAAGUUUUACCACAAAAUGAUAAUGCUCAAAUUAUUCUCGAUAACAUAACUUCUGACAAUACUGAAACGUCUCAAAAAAUAAUUUCUGGAAGCAAUUUGGAUUUCGAUAAAAAUAUAACAACUGAAACUAAAGAUAUAACUAGUGACAUUCAACCAGAAAUAUCGGAUAAGGUGAGAGCUAUCAACCUAGAUUUUCUUUCGCCAAAUCGGUAA